AUGGAUAACCACGAAGAGGCAAAAAGGUUGCGUGAUGAAGACUUCGACGAGCUGAUGGCUGCCUGUGAUACGGCCAAGAACGCCGUGAAGAAGGACAAUGCGAGCUCAAAGCGCGCAACGGUUCAUAUGGAGGAGGAUGCGAUGGAGGAGGAUGUGAAGAGAGGAAAUCCGAGCUCAAAGCAAUCUAUGAUUCCCAUGGAGAAAGACGCGAUGGAGGAAGACGUGAAGGACAAUCCAAGCUCGAAGCGAACUGCGAUUCCUAUGGAAGAAGACCCGGCUCCAGUGGACGAAAAACCUGUAAUGUCUCCUCAUCAAAUUCGUCUCAAGAGGCAUGCUUAUCACAAUACAGACAUCCAGGAUCCGCCAGCACCUGUCCAAAACCCGGUUCAUCAGGUGGCUUCAUCUACUUGA